CCUGCGGCGCUGGAGCCCUGACGCACGGAGCUCGAGAGCGAGAACGGGAGAGAAAGGGGUAGAAAUGGCGGCUCCGCUUGGCUCCCGCUGAGUAGGUUGAAGCCGGCGGAGGGUCUGAGCUCUUGGCCUGGAACAUCGCUCCCGUCUCCCGCUGUCUGCCUUCGUACGCCGACUUCCCUUCCUCUGCCCUACCCUCGCCUGUCCUCGUCUGCGCUGCGCAGAGUCCGGGUCGUCUUGUCUUUCCCGGCCCGGCUCCACUAGCCCUAACUGCCCGGCAGGCGGGCCGGCCUUCCUCGGCUCUCCCCGGCGCGGCGGGCGCCGCGGGCGCGGCGUGGACCCCGUCCUCCUGGCUGGACCAUGGUGAACACCCGGAAAAGCUCUCUGCGCCUUCUCGGAUCUAAGUCGCCUGGGCCCGGGCCUGGGCCUGGGGCCGGAGUAGAGCCUGGGGCGACCGGAGGCAGCAGCCAUUUCAUCUCCUCUCGGACCCGCUCCUCCAAGACCCGCGCUGCCAGCUGCCCCGCCGCCAAGGCCGGGGGAAGCGGCGGCGCCGGCGUCGCUCUGGAUGAGGCCCGGAAAGCUGAAGUUGAUGGUAGUUUAAGUGAUAGCCAUGUGUCUCCUCCAGCCAAACGCACUUUGAAACAACCUGAUUCUGUUUGCAAAGACAAAUCUAAAUCACGAAGUACUGGUCAGCGAGAGGAAUGGAACAUAUCAACUGGACAGGCCAGGUUAACUUCUCAGCCUGGUGCUACAUUACCAAACGGACAUAGUAGCUUAUCCCUUCGAAGCCAUCCCCUUCGAGGCGAAAAGAAGGGAGAUGGGGACCUUUCUUGUAUAAAUGGUGACAUGGAAGUCAGAAAAAGUUGUCGUUCCAGGAAAAACAGAUUUGAAAGCGUGAACCAGAGUUUGUUAUUUGAUCAACUAGUAAAUAGUACUGCUGAAGCUGUACUACAGGAAAUGGACAACAUAAACAUUAGAAGGAAUCGUCGAUCAGGAGAAGUAGAACGGCUUCGAAUGUGGACAGACACAGAAUUUGAAAACAUGGAUAUGUAUUCAAGAGUGAAAAGGCGAAGAAAGUCACUGAGAAGAAAUAGUUAUGGGAUACAAAAUCAUCAUGAAGUCUCUACUGAGGGUGAAGAAGAAGAAUCUCAAGAGGAAGAUGGAGAUAUUGAGGUUGAAGAGGCAGAAGGAGAAGAAAACGAUAGGCCAUAUAAUUUGAGACAAAGAAAAACAGUGGAUCGAUACCAAGCACCUCCAAUAGUACCAGCUCAUCAAAAAAAGAGGGAAAAUACGCUCUUUGAUAUUCACAGAUCUCCAGCAAGAAGGAGUCAUAUCAGGAGAAAGAAGCAUGCUAUUCAUAGUAGUGACACAACUUCUUCUGAUGAAGAACGCUUUGAAAGAAGGAAAUCAAAGAGCAUGGCAAGAGCAAGAAAUAGAUGUUUGCCUAUGAACUUAAGAGCAGAAGAUUUAGCUAGUGGUAUUCUCCGAGAACGUGUAAAAGUGGGUGCAAGCUUGGCUGAUGUUGAUCCAAUGAACAUUGAUAAAUCAGUGCGAUUUGAUAGCAUAGGUGGAUUGAGCCGUCAUAUUCAUGCACUAAAGGAAAUGGUAGUAUUCCCACUUUUAUAUCCAGAAAUUUUUGAAAAAUUUAAAAUUCAGCCUCCAAGGGGCUGUUUGUUUUAUGGCCCUCCUGGCACAGGUAAAACCUUGGUUGCCAGAGCAUUAGCUAAUGAGUGCAGUCAAGGAGACAAAAAGGUGGCUUUUUUUAUGCGAAAAGGAGCAGACUGUCUAAGUAAGUGGGUUGGCGAAUCUGAGCGGCAACUUAGGCUUCUUUUUGAUCAGGCAUAUUUGAUGAGACCUUCUAUAAUAUUUUUUGAUGAAAUAGAUGGAUUAGCUCCAGUUCGCUCUAGCAGGCAAGAUCAGAUCCACAGCUCUAUAGUAUCAACCCUCCUUGCUCUUAUGGAUGGAUUAGACAAUAGGGGCGAAAUUGUUGUUAUUGGUGCUACAAAUAGACUUGAUUCUAUAGAUCCUGCUCUCAGGAGACCUGGUCGUUUUGACAGAGAAUUUCUUUUCAACCUUCCUGAUCAAAAGGCAAGAAAACACAUUUUACAGAUCCAUACCAGGGACUGGAAUCCAAAAUUGUCAGAUGCUUUUUUAGGUGAAUUGGCUGAAAAAUGUGUUGGCUAUUGCGGAGCUGAUAUCAAGGCCCUGUGCACUGAAGCUGCCCUGAUUGCCCUGCGAAGGCGUUACCCCCAGAUCUAUGCUAGCAGUCAUAAACUGCAGCUAGAUGUUUCCUCAAUAGUGCUCAACGCCCAAGAUUUUUACCACGCAAUGCAGAAUAUUGUGCCUGCUUCCCAGCGUGCUGUCAUGUCUUCGGGACAUGCACUAUCCCCCAUCAUAAGACCACUGCUGGAAAGAAGCUUCAACAACAUCCUAGCAGUCUUGCAAAAAGUGUUUCCUCAUGCUGAAAUUAGCCAGAGUGACAAGAAAGAAGAUAUAGAAACUCUGAUUUUAGAUGAUAGUGAAGAUGAGAAUGCUUUAUCAAUUUUCGAGACCAGUUGUCACUCAGGAUCACCAAAGAAACAGUCAUCAGCUGCUGCUGUACAUAAACCUUACCUUCAUUUUACAAUGUCACCAUAUCAUCAGCCAACCUCUUACAGGCCAAGACUAUUGCUGUCUGGAGAACGAGGCUCAGGUCAAACUUCUCACCUUGCUCCAGCACUUUUGCACACUCUAGAAAAAUUCUCUGUGCACAGACUAGAUCUCCCAGCACUUUAUUCAGUUAGUGCCAAAACACCUGAAGAAUCAUGUGCACAGAUUUUUCGUGAAGCUCGAAGAACAGUACCUAGUAUUGUUUACAUGCCUCACAUUGGUGAUUGGUGGGAAGCUGUCAGUGAAACUGUGAGAGCAACUUUUCUGACUUUGCUACAAGAUAUACCAUCAUUUUCACCCAUAUUUUUAUUGUCUACCUCUGAAACCAUGUACAGUGAACUGCCUGAAGAGGUUAAAUGUAUCUUUAGAAUACAGUACGAAGAGGUCUUGUAUAUUCAAAGGCCUAUUGAAGAGGACAGAAGAAAGUUUUUCCAAGAACUGAUUCUCAAUCAGGCCUCAAUGGCUCCACCACGAAGGAAACACACUGGUCUUUGUGCUAUGGAAGUUCUUCCACUUGCUCUGCCUUCUCCACCUCGUCAAUUAUCAGAAUCAGAAAAAAUUCGGAUGGAGGACCAGGAGGAAAAUACUUUAAGAGAGUUGCGGUUGUUUCUCAGGGAUGUAACCAAGAGGCUGGCCACAGAUAAACGCUUUAACAUCUUCAGCAAACCGGUGGAUAUUGAAGAGGUUUCAGAUUAUCUUGAAGUAAUCAAGGAACCAAUGGAUUUAUCAACAGUAAUCACUAAAAUUGAUAAGCAUAAUUACCUGACUGCUAAGGAUUUCCUGAAAGAUAUUGACCUCAUCUGUAGCAAUGCUUUAGAGUACAAUCCAGAUAAGGACCCAGGAGAUAAAAUAAUUAGGCACAGGGCUUGUACCCUGAAGGACACUGCGCAUGCCAUCAUUGCAGCUGAAUUGGAUCCAGAAUUUAAUAAACUCUGUGAAGAAAUUAAGGAAGCAAGAAUAAAAAGAGGCUUAUCGGCAACAGCAGAACAAAUAAAUCCUCAUGGUACUGGAGCUCGAAAGACAGAAACUAGAGUUGAAGAGGCAUUUCGGCACAAACAAAGAAAUCCAAUGGAUAUCUGGCACAGCUCUGCAAAUAAAUGUGCAUUUCGAGUUCGGAGAAAAUCAAGGCGGCGAUCACAGUGGGGUAAAGGAAUUAUUAAGAAAAGGAAAGUCAAUAAUUUAAAAAAAGAUGAAGAGGACACCAAAUUUGCUGACUAUGAGAAUCAUAUGGAGGACAGGAAAUUGCUAGAAAAUGGAGAGUUUGAGGUAAGCACUGACUGCCAUGAAGAAAAUGGAGAAGAGACUGGAGACUUAUCUAUGACCAAUGAUGAAUCAUCGUGUGACAUCAUGGACAUGGACCAGGGGCAGAGGCUUAACAACGGAGCGGGCACAAAAGAGAACUUUGCAUCUACUGAAGAGGAAAGUUCAAAUGAGUCUCUACUCAUCAACAGCAGCAGUUCUCUAAAUCCAGAACAGACAUCUAGGAAAGAGCCUUUCCUUAAAGGAAGCUGUCUAAACGGUGAGGCCUCCACUGACAGUUUUGAAGGAAUACCACUUGUGGAGUGUCAGAAUGGCAAGGCUGAAGGAGCUUCUUUCUGUGGUAGUGGAGACAAAUGUAGUUCUGAACAAAAGAAUCUUUUGGAGGGCCAGUCAAAAGAAAAGCCAGAAGCUUCAAAUGAAAAUCACAGAGAUGAUGCUGAGAAACUAGAGGCAGUGGAAUGUAGCAAUAAUGAGAAGUUCGAAGCUGGCCCUGAUGUGGAGGUUAAAGAUGCAGAACUGGAUAAAGAAGGUGCUUCUAAAGUAAAGAAAUAUCGUAAGUUAAUUUUAGAGCAGGCAAAAACAACAAGCCUGGAACUGGUUCCAGAAGAGCCAUCUGAGCCUGUGCCACCUCUUAUAGUUGAUCAUGAGAGAUUGAAGAAAUUGCUUGAUUUGUUGGUAGAUAAAAGCAACAAUCUGGCAGUUGAUCAACUUGAGAGAUUAUAUUCUCUUCUUAGUCAGUGCAUCUACCGUCACCGUAAAGAUUAUGACAAAUCACAGCUUGUAGAGGAGAUGGAAAGAACAGUUCAUAUGUUUGAGACAUUCCUAUGA